AUGAGUCUGGCUACUGAUGGUUCCUCUUCUCACAUCACUUUGAAGGAGAUUAAAUAUGAUGUGUUUAUUAGUUUUAGAGGUGUGGAUACCCGUUUUAAUUUUAUAAGCCAUCUUCAUAGUGCUUUAUCUCGAAAGAAAAUCAAAGCCUUCAUAGAUGAGAAUGAUCUCAAGACGGGAGAUGAAAUAUCACCCACACUUUUGAAAGCAAUUAAAGAAUCCAAGCUUUGUCUAAUUAUUUUGUCGGAAGACUAUGCUUCCUCUAGAUGGUGCUUAGAAGAACUUGCGAACAUUCUCCAAUGCAAGAAAACGGAUGAACAAUCCGAAGUUCUACCUGUUUUUCACAAUGUUGAACCAUCAGAUGUAAGAAAACAACAAGGAAGUUAUGCGGUCGCGUUUGCUAAACUUAAGGAACGUUUUGAGGAUGAGAAAUUGCUAGCGUGGAGAGAUGCUUUGAGAAAAAUAGCAGAUCUAUCUGGUUGGACUUUAAAGUCAUUUAGGUAA